UGUCCGGGCGGUGACGCGCACGGGCCGGAGCCGGGGUGGCGGUGCAGCUCCCGGAAAGGAACGAAACCUCCAGGAAGCCGGUUCCGUGUUGCCGCCGCCACCGCACUGCGGUGGCCGUGAUGCCCUCCGCUCACAGCUUUCCGCUGCCGGAAGCCCCGGCCGCCGAAUCGGGCGCUGCCGAGCAGGACGUCUCUAACUCCAGGAGGACCCCAUUAUUUCUGUAAAGGUUGUGUGAGGACUGACUCCUAGAACAUUGCCUGAUCUCUCGCCCGUCAGCAUGGGGAGGAUCGGCAUCUCCUGUCUUUUUCCUGCUUCCUGGCAUUUUAGCAUCUCUCCAGUGGGGUGUCCUCGAAUUCUGAAUACCAGUUUACGCCAGAUUAUGGUCAUUAGCAUCCUGGCUGCUGCUGUUUCGCUUUUAUACUUUUCUGUUGUUAUAAUCCGAAAUAAGUAUGGGCGGCUAUCCAGAGACAAAAAGUUUCAAAGGUACUUGGCCCGAGUUACUGACAUUGAAGCUACAGACACCAAUAACCCCAAUGUGAACUACGGUAUCGUGGUGGACUGUGGUAGCAGUGGAUCUCGAAUAUUCGUCUAUUGCUGGCCAAGGCACAACGGCAAUCCUCAUGAUCUGUUGGAUAUCAGACAAAUGAGGGAUAAAAACCGAAAGCCAGUGGUUAUGAAAAUAAAACCCGGCAUUUCAGAAUUUGCUACCUCUCCAGAGAAAGUCAGCGAUUACAUUUCCCCACUCUUGAACUUUGCUGCAGAGCAUGUCCCACGGGCAAAACACAAAGAGACGCCUCUCUACAUUCUCUGCACAGCUGGAAUGAGAAUCCUUCCUGAAAGCCAGCAGAAAGCCAUCCUGGAGGACCUCCUGACUGAUAUCCCUGUACACUUUGACUUUCUGUUUUCUGACUCUCAUGCAGAAGUCAUUUCAGGGAAACAAGAAGGUGUAUAUGCUUGGAUUGGCAUUAAUUUUGUCCUUGGACGAUUCGAACAUAUUGAGGAUGAUGAGGAGGCCGUUGUGGAGGUCAACAUUCCUGGUAGCGAAAGCAGGGAAGCUAUUCUCCGUAAAAGGACAGCCGGUAUUCUGGACAUGGGAGGCGUGUCAACUCAGAUAGCGUACGAAGUUCCCAAAACUGUAAGCUUUGCCUCCUCACAGCAGGAAGAAGUAGCUAAGAACUUGUUAGCUGAAUUUAACUUGGGAUGUGAUGUUCACCAAACUGAGCAUGUGUACCGAGUCUAUGUGGCCACAUUUCUUGGGUUUGGUGGCAAUGCUGCUCGACAGAGAUAUGAAGACCGAAUAUUUGCCAGCACAGUUCAAAAGAACAGGCUCCUGGGGAAACAGACUGGUCUGGCUCCUCAUACUCCGUACCUGGACCCCUGCUUACCCCUAGACAUUAAAGAUGAAAUCCAGCAAAACGGACAGACCAUGUACCUCCGGGGAACAGGAGACUUUGACCUGUGUCGAGAGACCAUCCAGCCUUUCAUGAAUAAAACGAAUGAGACACAGACCUCCCUCAACGGGGUCUACCAGCCCCCGAUUCACUUCCAGAACAGUGAAUUCUAUGGCUUUUCGGAGUUCUACUAUUGCACUGAAGAUGUGUUACGAAUGGGGGGGGAUUACAAUGCUGCUACUUUUACUAAAGCUGCAAAGGACUACUGUGCAACAAAGUGGUCAAUCUUGCGGGAACGCUUUGACCGAGGACUCUACGCCUCCCAUGCUGACCUCCACAGGCUAAAGUAUCAGUGCUUCAAAUCGGCCUGGAUGUUCGAGGUGUUCCACAGGGGCUUUUCGUUUCCUGUCAACUAUAAAAAUUUAAAGACAGCCUUACAAGUUUAUGACAAGGAGGUUCAGUGGACGCUCGGAGCAAUCCUUUACAGGACCCGUUUUUUACCCUUAAGAGAUAUCCAGCAGGAGACCUUCCGGGCCAGUCACGCGCACUGGCGGGGCUUCUCUUUCGUCUACAAUCACUACCUGUUCUCGGGCUGCUUCCUGGUGGUCGUGCUGUCCAUCCUGCUCUACCUGCUGCGGCUCCGGCGCAUUCACAGGCGGACGCUGCGUGGCACUUCCGCCGCCGCGCUCUGGCUGGAGGAGGGCCUUCCGGCCCAGAAGAUGGCCGGGAGCCUGUGAGCCCAGGGAGACUGUCCGAAGGAAAAGCCAUUUUUGCCUCAGGGUUUCUCCUCUUUAUUCUCAUUUGGUGUUGUUUUUUCUUUCCCUUUUUAUUCCUUGAAACAAAAAGAAAAUCCAUUGUUUGUAAGCUCUGCUGUCCCGGAAGUAGUGCGUGUAGCCGUCUGUCUACAGCUUUCAAUGGAGGAGCAGGGAGACAGGAGAAUCACUGCGCUCUUGCUGCAUAGGAUAGCUAUUAAGAUUUUCCGUUGUCCUUGGAGGUACGUUAAAUUUUAAACAGAUGCACUUUGAUAUUGGAGGGAGUGGCAAACCUGUGUUCCAUCAGAGGAGGUAGCGCUGACGAGUGAUGCCUUCUGAGAACCAGAACCCGACUGGCUGAAUCAUAGUCCUCUUUUUGGCUAUCUCAAAAGCUCCGACCUGCACGGGGUGAUGUGUAGUUUUUAUUUAUUGUUCAGGCCUGUCACUGUAUGUUUUCUUUGUAGGCUUAAAAAAUCAAAACCAUUCAGAUCCAAGAUAGAAAUAUAGGCACAAGGAGGUAACUAUUUUUUAAAUCGAUAGUCCUGGAAGAUGUGAAAUAAUGACUAGAGCAGUGUGUGUGUGUGUGUGUGUGUGUAUGUGUGUGUAAAAGAGAGAAUGUAGGUGUGAAAGAAUGAAUGUGAGAGAGAAUAUGUGAGUGAGAGAAUGUGUGAAUAUGUGUGUGAGAGAAUGUGUGACAUGUUUUUUUGUGCGUGAGAUGUUUGUGUCAGUGUGUGUGUGAGAGAGAAAUGGUAAAGAGAAUGAGAAUGCAGCGCUCUUUCUUUUAAAAACACACAUGUCAGAAUUUAUUGUUUCAUUUCUUUUUAUGUAGAAAAAUCCCCAUUACCACUGUCUGUCCUGACCACAGGUAAUGAGUUUCUCAGUCCACCUUUCAGCAGCCCAAAAAUAUUGUCUUUGAGUGAAUUGGAAAAUCCAUCAAGUUUCACUGGUUUCGAUGUCAUUGGAACUAGAGCUAGUGCCUAUUGACAGGCAGACACGUCAGCGUUUCUUAGUGGUACGUUUUUGCUGGUCUAAUUGCGCUCCAGUUUCUUCCAACUUCAAGUCGCUGUUCCCCUCCUUAAUGAAAAAUGGUCUCAGCAGUUUUAUCUUGGAGACCCCACACUUAAUUUGACCGGUUAUCUUUCUUACAGUCGUGGUUGAGGCUAUGGGUGUAAUGUCACUAUAAAUCCAAACUAAGAGAAGGGUCUGACUUUAAUAGAAGAAUUAAACUCACAUUUUGAGAGAACAAGUUCAACAUUUUAAACAAAAACCUAAAGAGAGCAACUGGAUUGGCUUAUGUGAGAUCGAUUGUUUUUCACCUGUUCAUUUAGUUUAGAGGCUUUGGGAAUUCUCAUACCUAGUUUUUUUAGAUGAAGUUCUUUUUGUGAGUGUGUGUGUGCACGCAUGCUGUUUCUUAAUCCCAGAACAGUUACAUUCAUCUGGUUGGUAGCAAAUGUGUAUUUUGAGAACCAACUGCUGCUUCUCCAGACAUCAUUCAUUAGAGAAAGGAUUCAGAUCUUGAAGCCCUUCUUUUACUUAAAAAAUUGGAUUUUUAUCUUGUUUAUUAACUAUUUAAAACAGGGCAUACAUCAUAAGUGUAUUGAUGACUUGAAAAGACCACAAAUAUAUAAAAGAAAGGCAAAUUCUCUUUCUCUGCUCUUCAAAGUGAACAUUCUAACAGAAAGUGAUUGGCAGAAUCUUUGUCUCUCGGAUAUCCAGAAGGUUGGAGGAGCUCGGUAGUGGUACAGCCUCUGAUGUGUGCUCUUGUGUUAGAGAGGAGAGAGGUAAAUGUCCCUGUGGAAGAUCCAGCUUCCAAACACUGGUCUCCAGCUCUUGAAGGGCUUGGUUCCUAGUAAACACUGUUCCUUAUCAAGACCCAGCCACAGAUGAGCUGCGUUUUAGAUACCCCAGGAGUAGAGUGAGCUGGCAUGCUUCCCCUUGAAUCCUCGGACGGGGCUUGUUCUCUAGACUGGGUGGCAUCAGUGGUGAAGAGGAAGUGUGUUUACACUUGAGCUUUUCUACUGCCAACCAUUGGGGGUAGUAAGUAACCUGGAAAUGAAACUUCUCAGGCACCUGGAGUAUGUGAUUUUGCCUUUAAAACAAGGCAAGGAUUAGCCAGCUUAGGCCCAGAUUUAAAUGGGCCUUAAUUAAGACUUCCUACCGUAAGUAGCCACCUUUUAAAUAAAGGGUGCUAGUUUGGUCCAGGUCUGUACCAUUCGGGGAGCAGAAUCGAGACAAAUAGGAGUUCUGCUGUACUGGUCUAAGGAUUCCUCGGCAAGGACCUACCUCACUGUCCAAAAGAAAUCCCCAAAGCAGGGUUCCGAGGCCCAAACAGCCUUAUACUUUACAUAGUUAAGUGCCCGUGUUCUCCUGCCAAAGAACUCUUUGGCAAACUGUUGGCUACAGGGAAAAUCUAGAAGACUCUUGAGCUGCGAGUCGUUUUUCAGUUUUGAAAGGGUUGUUAAAGAAAAAAAAGGAGGACUAUGCAACAGAGACUAUAUGUGACCUGUAGAGCCUGAAAUAUUUACUAAAAGUCCCUUUACAAGCAAACGUCCCUUUAAGAUGUCCACUGACCCCUGCACAAACAGCUCCAUUCAAGAAAGAAUAUGUAUUAGCAUUCUCUUAAUUCAGGAAGCUAGUUACUGUUUGUGGGCAUGGAAAGACGGGCGAGAGAAGAGACCAAACUUUAAUCUUAAAAUAUUUGAGUAUGCGCCAGAAUUCCACUUCUUUAUUUUUCCCUUUAGAUUCUUUUUUCUUUUUUUUCUUUUUUAAGAUUUUAUUUAUUUAUUUGACACAGAGAUAGAGAGCACA